AUGGCAUCGAAAGAGUUGCAAGCCCGUUGUCGCAUAUUGGCAGAACGUUUAUCGGAAAGUGUGCAUAUUGUUGACCAUGACCCAUCGCUGGCCCUAUAUCGAUUACAUGAACAUAUUGGAAAAACUUUACCCGCACUCGUGGCCCGAAAAUACACAAUGGUUGAUUUGAAUUCCCGCCUUCAAGGUGCAUGUUUCGACCUGGACAACGUUCUUCUAACAGUGCAGUCAAUGAAAAAGGCUGCAACGAGUUUUGAGAACAUUCAGGCAAUGCUUCGAGACUGUGUACAUCACAAGCAACAACUGAACUAUUCAGCCAAAUGA